CGGCCCCGCGCUCCCACAGCAGAGCCCGGCGCUCCCGGAGCCGACCACCGCACCAUGCCGGCCGCUGCGCCCACCCCGCGCCCGCCGCCGCCCCCGACGCGGCCCGCCCCGGGCUGCCCUGCGCGGCCCGCCCAAGGACAUCGAGGCCUGUGUGACCAUUCCCUAAAAUAUUUAAGCUCGAGAAUCAUGGAGCGGAAGCUGCAGGGUGCCUGGCUGCCCGCCAGCCGAGGGAGUCUGGAGAAACCGGUCCCGGGCCCCCACGGCUCCACGGUGCUGCCGGUGCUCAACCAUCAGCACGGCCUUCACUGCAUCCACGCUGAGAACGGCCCGCUGAAGCCCCGGGUGGUGACCGUGGUGAAGCUGGGCGGGCACCCCCUGCGGAAGAUCACCCUGCUGCUCAACAGGCGCUCGGUGCAGACCUUCGAGCAGCUCCUGGCGGACGUCUCGGAGGCCCUGGGCUUCCCGAGAUGGAAGAGCGAUCGCGUGAGGAAACUGUUUAACCUCAAGGGCAGGGAAAUCCGCAGUGUCUCUGAUUUCUUCAGGGAAGGCGAUGCUUUCAUAGCCACGGGCAAGGAGCCGCUGACGCUGAAGAGCAUUCAGGUGGCCAUGGAAGAACUCUACCCCAGUAAAGCCCGGGCCCUGACGUUGACCCAGCACAGCUGGGCCCCCUCUCCAAGGCUGAGAAGCAGGCUUUAUUGCAAGGCUCUGAAAGGGGGUCUCCACUGUGGGGAGACGGACGCGGCCAAGAGCGGCAGUGAGGCUGUUGGGUCCAAGGCAGCCCUCAGACAUCAGGCGAAGACCCCCGUGGAGCCAGUGCUGGAGGACAGGGCCCGGGCCCAGAAGACCUGGGUGCGGGGCAGACGGGAGCCUGAACUCAGCAACAAACCAGCCAAGGAAGCCACUGCAGAGAGGCCCCCCAGCGGAGAGCAGCACCUGGCGGUGGAGGUCGAGAAGACCUCGGGUGAAAUCAUCCGGUGUGAGAAGUGCAAGAGGGAGAGAGAGCUCCGGCAUGGCCUGCAGCAGGGGGAGAGGCUGUCCCUGGGGACUAGCGAGCUGGACAUGGGCAAGGGCCAACGGUAUGACGUGGAGAAGCUGGUGAGGACCCGAAGCUGCAGGAGGUCCCCUGAGGCCAACCCCCUGGGCAGGGAGGAGGGGUGGAAGGGCAACAGCCAGAAGAGCACUCCCAGGAACCCCACGCAGGAGCCGAGGAGACCUGGCAAGAACACGGACAAGAAAGAGGACAGGGACCCUGAAGGUCAGGAAGGUCAGCCACAAGGAGCGGCCAAGGCUAAGAAGGAUGUUGUGGAAGCUCAACCCGUCAGAGAGGAUGGAAAGAAAGACACCAAGCACAAGCGUGGUGGCUGGCUCCUCAGGGAGCACCAGGCCGGCUCGGAGAAGCCCCCCAGGACCCGAGGGGAAGAGCAGGAGGCAGAGAAGGAGAAAAAGGCAUGUGCGUCGGGUGGGAGAAGGAUGCUUCCCAGAGAUGACCAACUCACAAGGGUAGAAAAGGAGCCCAAGAUGAAGACAGAAGACAGCAAGCCAGACAGGCCCGGCGGCCGGAAGCGGCGGCCCGCGGGCAUCAUCUCGGCCAACGUGGAGAAGCAGUACGAGACCGGCCAGGUCAUCGGGGACGGCAACUUCGCCAUCGUGAAGGAGUGCCGACACCGGGAGACCGGGCAGGCCUACGCCAUGAAGAUCAUCAGCAAGUCCAAACUCAAGGGUAAGGAGGACAUGAUUGACAGUGAGAUCUUAAUCAUCCAGAGCCUGUCUCACCCCAACAUCGUGAAGCUGCACGAGGUGUACGAGACGGACACGGACAUCUACCUGAUCAUGGAGUUUGUGCAGGGUGGCGACCUGUUCGACGCCAUCCUGGAGAGCGUGAAGUUCCCGGAGCGCGCCGCCGCCCUCCUGCUCAGGGACUUGUGCAGGGCUCUCGUCCACAUGCACGACCAGAACAUCGUCCACCGGGACCUCAAGCCGGAAAACCUGCUGGUUCAGCGGAAUGAGGACAAAUCUACCACCUUGAAACUGGCUGAUUUUGGCCUUGCCAAGCACGUGGUGAGACCACUGUUUACCGUGUGUGGGACACCGACGUACGUAGCCCCUGAAAUUCUCUCUGAGAAAGGUUAUGGGCUGGAGGUGGACAUGUGGGCUGCCGGCGUGAUCCUCUACAUCCUGCUGUGUGGCUUCCCCCCCUUCCGCAGCCUGGACAGAGACCAGGACGAGCUCUUCAACAUCAUCCAGCUGGGCCACUUCGAGUUCCUGGCUCCUUACUGGGACAACAUCUCCGAUGCUGCCAAAGAUCUGGUGAGCCGGUUGCUAGUGGUAGACCCCAAAAAGCGCUACACAGCCCAUCAAGUUCUUAAGCACCCCUGGAUUGAAACUGCUGGGGAGGCCGACACAGCAAACCGACAGGAGGAGGUGUCCCCUGGCAGCGAGGGCCACCUCCAGAGCCAGCACAAGCGAUCUGCAGAGUCAGCGUCGUAGUCACCAUCUCGAGUCCCUGCGUUCAGCUCCCCCCGUUCUGCUCCAGCACAAAGGGUAGAAGUUUUGGAGAAAGAGGACAAAAGGGCUUCUUUGCGUAAUUGGAGAGUCAGGGGAAGGAGAGAUGCUCAGUAUAUUUUUAAACAUAAACUGGAGUCUUAAUGUGAAAUGUAACCUAUUUUUAGAUUUGUACAUUUGAAGCCUUUCAUACAUUUGGGGGGUGUGUGGGGAGGGACAGACUUGUUAUUGGUGAGGUAUUUUGGUAAUAGCGAUGUGCUUUGCCCCCUCCCUGUAAUCAAGUUCACGGUGUACUACACGCGUGGUGCUUACCAGGGUCUCCGUUCACCUUGUGAGGUUAAUAAGGUAAAUCGUAGUCUCUGUGUUAAUAAA